AUGGUAAGCCACUACUCGUUUUAUUAUCUGGGAUCUCAAUGUGAGAAAAAAAACUUGAAAAAUGUUUCUGUGGAAUGGAUUUGAAGUGUGCCUAAAAGUGAAUGCGAAAUUUUCUUCACUGAGAUGAAAGUAACGGUUUUCUUGUUUCCUCUAACCUAACCCCUAUGUGUGCCUGUUUUUAGUCGACCUCGGGAGUCAUGGUCCACCCGGACGUCCAGACCACCUUCCAAAAGCUCAGCGAGGGCCGCAAGGAGUACAGAUACAUCAUCUUCAAAAUCCAGGUUAGUAACGUCUUCCUUUUUUCAAAUGAAUGUUUAUUUUGAUUCCAGGAGAGAGAUGUGAUCGUCGAGGCCGCGGUCUCGCAGGAGGAGCUCGACAUCUCCGGAGACGACUACGAUGACUCGUCGAAGGCCGCCUUCGACAAGUUCGUGGAGGACGUCAAGAACCGUACCGACAACCUGACCGACUGUCGCUACGCCGUGUUCGACUUCAAGUUCACGUGCUCGCGUGUCGGAGCCGGAACCUCGAAGAUGGACAAGAUCAUCUUCCUCCAGAUGUAAGAGCUUUCUUCUUUCUGGCAUAUAUAAAUGACGCAUCUUUUCAGCUGCCCUGACGGUGCUUCCAUCAAGAAGAAGAUGGUGUACGCCUCUUCGGCCUCUGCCAUCAAGGCCUCGCUCGGAACCGGCAAGAUCCUUCAGUUCCAGGUGAGCUUGGUGUAGAUUUUGGUGUUCAGAGCAUCGAUGAACUCUCAUUUCCUCUAGUUUCCCUAUUAAGAUCAUCUGAUUUGUUUCAGGUGUCCGACGAGUCGGAGAUGAGCCACAAGGAACUGCUCAACAAGCUCUCCGAGAAAUACGGAGAUCAUUAG